AUGAGGACAAGAUCUGCGCCUGCGAGGAACUUUUCAAAUGAUGAAGUCGACCAAAGCACACCUGCUUCCGUUCCUUCGAAAUCUACUAAAACGCUCAUCCUCCCCUCCAAUGCAAGUGACGAUGCUCGAUUCAUCUCCCUGGUAAACCCACGAACCGGUACCCUAAGUCGAUACUUCUUUUGUCCCAAAUUGGGUCUCUACGAGUUUACGGCGAUAUCCUCCUCCGCUUCCAAUCCAAGGAGCACUCUCUUCACCAGGAUGACAACAAUAACAACAAAAGCCAAUGCGAGUCCAAUAGCAGAUGAACACGAUGGUGAAGCACAAAACAGGACGGUAUCUAGUGGCUCCAGCGUAGAAGCAAAUGAGGUCAUUCGUCAAGUGGUCCAGGACUGGGCACCAACCAAAGCGACGGUUGCAAAACACGCCCAAUUGCUCGUCACAACGCCCGUUGACCUUUUGUUUUUUCUUCUGCCGAUAUUAGCACCUGCAAGUGGUUAUUCAACAGCCCAAAAAUUGUUCCAACCGCUUGACGAUAUGCUCGAUUCUCAAGAUACCGUUUCAAAGCCCUUAAGACGAAUUCUACUUGGCUCGCUCAGAUCAAAAGCAGUGGCGAGAAUGGCAGCUGUAUGCGACACUGUUGAGGCUGGGGAGACAAUGUAUAGGCUCAAUGAGGAAAAAUUGGUUCGAGAAUUGGUAUCCAAGGCGGAGAGGAUGGCGGCAAAUGGGCUGCCACCAAGCCUGGAAGAGCAUUUUAUACAUAGGGCAUUGGAACUUCCAAUUCUCAGCGUGAAAAGGGAAGACAUUCUAACGUCAACUUCAGACGUGUCCGAUGUGGCUAGUGGGGCGAAUAAUUCGUUUGAGAAAGUCGACUCGCAGACCGCGGAUUCCACAACACCAAUUACAACGUCAUUUGCUACUUCUUUUACGUCAUCUGAUGUCUCUACUCCAGACACCGUCAUUACACCGCCUACGAACGAAUCGCUAUCACCCAAUUGUGACAUCCACCAAUUACUCCGUGUCCACACAGCAAUAUCAUUCCUGCAAUCAUCCUAUCUCCCCAAACAUCUCUCAUCCCGGGUCGAAAACAUCCUCUCAUCAUCCGAAAAAAGCCCCAAGGAUUUCUCCCCCCUCACCCGACAUCUGAAACACAUUGCUGAACUGCGCGAGAAAGUGCUAGCGUCUCGCUCAGCGAGUGACUUCUCCCGCAAACGGGGCGUGGAAGAUGACGAAGGGGCAGAAAUCAGGGCGGAGAAGAAACGCAAGAAGGAGGAGGAAGAGAAGAAGAAGUUGGGUGAGUCGAGAGGGGUGAGAGAUUUGAAAAAGGUAAAUGUUAAGGGGAUGAAAAAAUUAAGUGCCUUUUUUGGGAAGAAGAUAUAG